GACCAGACACAGAGAGGGAGAGCCAGAGAGACACAACUUUUUAAAACAUUUAAAUUGAAUAGGAGGCAAAAUGGCCUGUAGACUGUCCCUUACAGAGGAGGAUUUCUGUUGCCCCAUCUGCUGUGAUAUCUUCAGGGAUCCCAUUCUUCUACCCUGCUCUCACAGCAUCUGUAACGGCUGUGUGAAAACCUUCUGGAAUCGGCGAGGAAGUCAAGAGUGUCCCAUCUGCAGAAGGGUGUCCUCCAACCCUAACCCACCCAUAAACAUCGUGCUGAGAAACAUGUGUGAUCUGAUGAGAGAAACAACAACUCAGGAGCCUCCUGUAGAGACGGUGGAGGUCUGUAGUCUUCAUGGAGAACCUCUUACUUUCUUCUGCACUGAAGAUCAAGAACUAGUUUGUGGGAAAUGCAGAAAUGCCAAAUCGCAUAAGAACCACUGCAUCCGUUCAACAGAGGAUGCGUCACAGGAACUCAGGCAAACGCUCCGGCUGAAACUAAAGGCCUUUCUGGAGAAACUCAGAGUCUACGAACAAAUUAAACAGUCCUGGGAUGAAACAGCAGAGUAUAUUAAAAAUCAGAGCAAACAAACCGAGACUCACAUUAAGGAGGCGUUUGACAAGCUGCACCAGUUUCUAGAAACUGAAGAGGCAGCCAGAACGACUGCGCUGAAGAAAGAAGAGGAGCAGAAGAGUGAGAUAAUUAAGAAGAAGACUGAGGAGAUUCGAUCAGGGAUGUUAUCUAUCUCACACAUUAUUGAGUCCAUCGAAGAACAGCUGAGAAGGAAUGACUUCACAUUUCUUGUGAACUACAAGGCUACAACUGAAAGAACAAAGUGUACACUGCAGGAUCAGACCGGACCUUCAGGAAUGCUCAUCAAUGUAGCAAAGCAUGUGGGUAACGUAACCUUUGAAGUAUCCAAGAAACUACAAGCCAGCAUUCGAUACACCCCAGUAACCUUUGACCCCAACACCGCCCAUCCUUAUCUGGUCGUGUCGGAUGAUCUGACCAGUAUAACUUACUCUGAUGAGCACUUCCCACAGCUUCCAGCAAACCCAGAGAGAUUCGACGGCUACACAAGCAUUCUAGGUUCUGAGGGUUUUAACUCGGGAACUCACUGCUGGGACAUUGAGGUGGGCGACAGCACAGCCUGGGCCGUGGGAGUGAUCACAGAGUCUGCAUACAAACACAGACUGACCCCCUCCAAAACAGGCUUGUGGUAUGUGGGCUUCUGCAACGGGAAAUACGGGAAGGGCUAUUCUCCCCAGAUCCUCACCCUUCUACGGGUCAACCAGAGAAUUCAGAGGAUCAGGGUCCAACUGGACUGGGACAAGGGCAAAGUCACAUUCACUGACUCGGGUCGCAAUAUCGGCCUGCAUGUGUUUAAACACACGUUCACUGAGAGAGUGUUCCCUUACUUUUAUAGUCACUGUAUGCAACAGCCAAUGAGGAUCAUGCCAAUAGAGACAACUGUGGAAGCAUACAUUUAGAGGCAAAACUACUUUUAAACUGGUGAAGUUAAGCUGAUAGGUUAACUGUGAAUACAGUAUCGAUAAUACAGCAAUAUAAAAUCAUCCUAUGGAGACAAUAUCAAGAACAGUUCUGCAAUUAAAGGUUACCAUUUGACUGCAAAUGUUCAAUCCACCUACACUACAAAAAAAAAUUAAUAAAGCAGAAUCAUUUUUGUGUUUUGGAGUAAAGAAUGCUUAAA